UUGUUAUUGUUAUUGUGAAGGGGGUAUUGCUUUUUUAAAGGGGGGGUUUGCUGCCUUUUCCCUCCUCCUCCUCCUCCUCCUCGGGGUUGGUUCCUUUGAGGCUUCUUCUUCUCCAUCGCAGCCAUGGAGGCGGAUGGGAGCCAAGCGGGAGCCCCCAACGACUCCCAGCACGACCCUGGCAAAAUGUUUAUCGGCGGCCUGAGUUGGCAAACAUCACCAGAUAACCUUAGAGAUUAUUUUAGCAAAUUCGGAGACAUCCGAGAAUGUAUGGUCAUGCGGGACCCAACCACAAAGCGCUCCAGGGGCUUCGGUUUCGUUACCUUCGCUGAUCCGGCAAGUGUAGAUAAAGUAUUAGCUCAACCCCAUCAUGAAUUAGAUUCCAAGACGGAAGCAGCUCGGUUGGGUAUUGCCAUGGAAGGCGCCGCUCUUGUUUACAGUUACGUUAAAAGCUGGGUUUUUAGAUUGACCCUAAAGUUGCAUUUCCCCGACGAGCUCAACCUAAGGUAAGAAAGAAGGCUCAAUGAUGUUUAUUUAAAGGCAUGCUUCACAGCUUUCAAGUUUUGGGGUAGGAAUGGACUUGGAUUGGAGGCCAGCAUGCUUUGGUGUCUUCAGAGCCUUUGGAGAGUUGAACUGUGUCUCCAGCGCAACCAUCUCCUUGCUGGGUCGUCUCUGGGAUGAUGGAGCCUCUGCUAGGAGAAGCUUUCAGAGAGUUGUCUCCCUCUUUUCUCUGAUCCUAAUAACCAAAUUAUUGCUAUGUUGAGCAGCUGCGACAGGCUGAAACGGUAAAGCCCUGGUCCUUCCGUCUGAGGUUAAAAUUGUUCAUUUUAAAACAAAAUUCUUCGCAUUGAUGGAUAUGUCUGUGUGGGAUCACAGUGCUCUCUUUCUCGCUAUGUUUUUUGGGGCAAAAAUGUUUCCGCUUCCCUGUUUUAUUUCUGGCCUCCAAUGCAAAACUUUCAGAAAAGUGCUUUUUAUGCUUACAAAGUGUAGAGUUAAAUGAGUGUUUGGCUGGUAUUGGAAAAUCUGGGUUCUUCUGAGAAAGCUUGGAAAGGACAAGUGUGGAAACAAAGAGCCUUAAAUUUGAGUUGAUAAGGGAUGUGUUCUUUUUUUCGCCUUCUCCUCUUUCUCCUCCUCCUCUCUCUUUCUCUUCCUUCUCCUCCUUCUCCUCCUCCUCUUUCUUCUUCCUCUUCUUCUGGAUUGCCUUGUUGUAAUACAUUUGGUCUCUUGCAAGGGCAUGUCAGUCAUGUUCCAAAGAGGUUUUCUCUGAGGUCUACCUCCGAAAACAAAUUCAGUACCAGGGUUGUUGUGAAGCCAGCUUUUGAAAUUGGUUCGCUCUGUCUUAGCAUGGGGCUGGUGUUUGGCUUUCAUAGACCGGAAGUAUUUGUUCCACAUUGUUAUAAUUUUUCCUUUUCCAUUUAUUGAUUUUAAAAAGAAAAUCAUUCUUCUCAGUAAGUACUGGGACUUCUAGCACCAAUGGCACAUCCUCCAGACUGUCCUGGCAGUUGGGAAUAAUCAAUCCAUUUGGACACGAAAUUCAUGGCUGCUUUUCCCAGGAGGGAAGGUAAAAGGAGGCGAACACAGUUUCUAUCUGCAAGGGGGGUUUAUAUUUGAGACAGCUUCCUCACUAUCCCAUCUUCUUAGGGAGAAAAGCCGGAGCAAUGUGGGCUUCAGUAAAUGUAUUGGGAAGUCCAGCCUAGGUGCGAAGCACAUUGCUGGCUUUGGUGCAGCCUAUUUGGAAACGUCGCCUGGGAACACAGAGGCCUUACUUUCUUAGAAUUUAUGAGUAGAGGCAGUGAAUGAGUUUGGUUUGUUUACUAGCUUCGAGUCUUUGCUAGGCUAGUAAACCAGAUUUUUGACAGACCUCUCUUUGACACUGUCCCUUAAAAAUAACCCCCCAUCUCACCCCUUUGACUUUGAGGAAUCUCAGCUGCACAACCUUUUGAAUUCGUAUGGCUUCCAGAGUUACAUGGAUCUACUGGGGUGGUUUGUUUUUUAUGUUGCAUUCUAUCCAUCUGUUAAGGGGAAGAGUGUCCAUCUGUGGUAAUGCAAGUCUGGGCCAUCCCAAGACAUUUCGCUGCCCGAGGAAAAGCAUCAAGCGGUCCUUCAUGACUUAUAGCUCAUAAUACUCAAGACUACACCAGGUUAUGUUGGCACAAGCGCUUCUCUGGUUUAUUGGUGAUAAAUACACGAAUUAGUUAGUCACUGCUGCUUUUGCAAGUGCAGGGCAUCAACAGAAUAUGUGUCCAAACUGGAUCUGUUCGAAUGGAUUGAUUUAGGAAUUAAGGGACUUCAGUUUGUUUUGUCUAACGUAGGCCUGUUACAGACAGCCAAAAUAA